UCUCUGAGUCUCUGCCUCCUUGUGAGUGUCUCGCUCUUCUUAGCAGGGAGGGGAUUGGUCACGCAUGACUCAUCUUGAACGGAGCUGGGCUCCAGCGGCAGGGCGGUCGUCGCCGCAGCUGGAAGGGGAGGAGGACGAAGAGGAGGGAGAGGAGGAGGAAGAGGAGGAGGAAGAGGAGGAGGAGGCGGCAGCCGCAGAGGCAGCUGCGGGGACCUCUUCAAGUUUGUCGGGACCUUCGGAGGAGGAGGCAGUGGCGCCGGCAGCCAGGGAGACUGGGACUGCGUUCAGGCCGGGGGCGGGGGCUGGGGCAGGGCCCGGGGCUGCGGGGCCCGAGCCUCCGCUUUCCAGUACUCUCAGCAGCCUCUGCCCCCAGGGCGCCCCAGGCCCCCCUUCGCGCCGUUCUCCGUGCUGCGCCCAGGCCGAUCGCUCCGCUCCCGGGCCCAUGUACUGGAAGCAUGAGAGCGCCGCCCCGGCGCUGCCCGAGGGCUGCCGCUUGCCGGCGGAGGGCGGCCCCGCCACGGACCAGGUGAUGGCCCAGCCAGGGUCCGGCUGCAAAGCGACCACCCGCUGUCUUGAAGGGACCGCGCCGCCAGCCAUGGCUCAGUCAGACACCGAGGCCCUGGCAGGCUCUCUGGACAAGGACGAAGGUCGAGCCUCCCCAUGUACGCCCAGCACACCGUCUGUCUGCUCGCCGCCCUCUGCUGCCUCUUCCGUGCCGUCUGCAGGCAAAAAUAUCUGCUCCAGUUGCGGCCUCGAGAUUCUGGACCGGUAUCUGCUCAAGGUCAACAACCUCAUCUGGCACGUGCGAUGCCUCGAGUGCUCUGUGUGUCGCACAUCGCUGAGGCAGCAGAACAGCUGCUACAUCAAGAACAAGGAAAUCUACUGCAAGAUGGACUACUUCAGCCGAUUUGGAACCAAGUGCGCCCGGUGCGGCAGACAAAUCUAUGCCAGUGACUGGGUGCGCCGGGCACGAGGUAACGCCUACCACCUGGCUUGCUUCGCCUGCUUCUCCUGCAAGCGCCAGCUGUCCACUGGGGAGGAAUUCGGUCUGGUUGAGGAGAAGGUGCUUUGCCGCAUCCAUUACGACACCAUGAUCGAGAACCUCAAGAGGGCCGCUGAGAACGGGAACGGUCUCACGUUGGAGGGGGCAGUGCCCUCGGAACAGGACAGUCAGCCCAAGCCGGCAAAGCGCGCGCGUACGUCUUUCACCGCAGAGCAAUUGCAGGUUAUGCAGGCGCAGUUCGCGCAGGACAACAACCCCGACGCGCAGACGCUUCAGAAGCUGGCGGACAUGACGGGCCUCAGCCGCAGGGUCAUCCAGGUCAGGUACAGUGCGGGCAGGUGCACUGCCGACUGCCUUACACCGCGCCCCCUGUCCACCUCAAAGCCGAUAUGGAUGGGCCGCUCUCCAACCGGGGUGAGAAGGUCAUCCUUUUUCAGUAUUAACGCUACCAGCACUUGCGCAUCUGUCCAUGGGCACUGCGCAGCUGCCCCUCAGCCGCUGAGAUCCAGCAUCCAGCUGUGGCCAGGGAUCCAUCCACCACCUCUGCAUACACCCCCACCUGCUGCCAUCCUGCCCUCUGCCAGUGGUCCCCCCACCCCAGGCCCUGUCUGUCUUUCCCUGCCCUGCUCAGAACCAGAACCAGGAGCAGCAGAGCCCUCGUUUGGAAGGUAGGCUUCCUGAAAUGUGGCAUCAGCAUGGAAGCAAGUGGCCUGCCCUCCUUCAUCAAGCAGGAUCAUCUUUAUCAUCAGCUGAUCACAGCAGCAAUGGCACCAACAGCCUCCUACUUUACAGGUUUUCUUCUCCCCGACAUUGGUCUUUAUUUACUACCACCUUGGAACCGUCUCUGAAUUCUGAAUAGCCAACAACCCCCAAAGUUAUAGACUUCAUUGCUUUUGUCUGGAAAGCUCUACAGUGUUUGUGGGAUGUCCCCAAAGGAAAGCUAUGUUCUAAUUUUAUCAUUUCCAUCUGUCUGGUUCUGUCAAGUUAACUCAGAAAAAGAAGAGACACUGACCAACCCUGAGAGGCCCAAUAGGGCAGAGAUGGAGGCCUGCCCAGAUGAAGAGGCAGAGGGACAGGCAGGGAUGGGUGCCAAAGACUCCCCCAUUGGCUUGGAGGAGAAGGACUGGGUACACUGGGCUUGGAGGGGCACUGAUCAUUUCAUGGAGAGAAAAGAGCAAACUUGGGAAGGACCCUUCCCCCACCAACUACCCAGCAGGAGUCAUUGCUAGGAUGAUGUCUCAUCUGCAUAAUGACACUGCUAAAUAUUAGGGUGGACUAGGAUUAGGGGCCCUUGUUGGCCACUUCUCAGUCCAGAGAGGAGGGCCUGAGCCAGUCUUCCCUGGGGUGGGGUGGGACCAUUCAUGAAGACCAAGGAACAGAACCCAGUGAAAUGUCAGCCCAAAUGUUAGUUCUGAUUCAUCCCUGAGGGAAGAGAGGCACCCAUGGCCUCAGUGAGUACACCAAGCCCAGGAUUCCAGCUGGCACCUCUGCAAUUUC